CAAGGUUCAAAGUUCCAAGGCUCAGGCUGGUUCGAAGGCCUGAGAGGACUAGACUUCACUAGGGUUUAUGAUGGUCCUCCUUUCUUCACUCUGAGAGUUCAGUCAUGGCUUUCCUCCGCCUAGCAUUCUCCACAUAGUUUUCCCAAUAUAUUCUUACAAUAAUGAGGUAUUUUGGAAGCAUUGUCCCUCAGCUGUCAAGGAAUCUCAAGCUCCGCAUCACUCAGAACCCUACCUUUUGUGAUUCGUUAAACCCUAAUUCUCAUUUAUGGAACCGUUUGAAUUUUGUACUGAAAUACACUUCCUCUGCGCAAGUCCCCUCCGAGAGGGUUUCGUCCAUCGUAGACGAGAUCUCCGGUCUCACCUUAUUAGAGGUUUCUGAUCUGACGGAACUUUUGCGCAAAAAAUUGGAUAUAAAUGAAAUGCCGGUGAUGGCGGUGAUGAUGCCGGGCAUGGGGUUCGGGGUGAGAGGGGCCGGUGGAGCGGCGCCAAAGGCGGCAGAGGCGAAGGCGGCUGAGAAGACGGCGUUCGAUUUGAAGCUAGAGGCGUUCGAUGCGGCAGCGAAGAUUAAGAUUAUUAAGGAAGUGAGGACGUUUACGGAUUUGGGAUUGAAGGAGGCAAAAGAUUUGGUGGAGCAUGCGCCGACACUUUUGAAGAAGGGGGUGCCAAAGGAGGAGGCGGAGAAUAUCAUUGAGAAGAUGAAGGCGGUGGGCGCCAAGGUCACCAUGGAAUAAGGCAAUCCACUCUCUGUUUUGCGAUUUGAUUAUUUAAUACUUGUUCUCUAGGUGAUGGAUUUGGAUUUAUGGUGUGGGAUUUUGACUGCUAUGUGCAGUUGUGCAAAACGAAUUUGGCUAUAGGACCCACAAAUUUAUAUGAACAUUUCUUUUCUCCAGCUCAAAUAAUUUUCAUGUCUCUUCAUUAAUGGCUAUUUAUCAGUUAUGGACACAGUGACAGACCAUAUAGGCUUCCUGGUCUCUGUUGUUUGUUGUUUGUUCUACCACAUUUCCAUGAACCUGUUAACCACUUUAUUAUGUGGCCAAACUUCUCACCCACAAAAAAGAUAUAGAAAUUGUGUCGAGCACAUCGUGUGCAUUAUUCCUACAUUCACUAACACGAUACGGGAUGGGUUCCAUAGCUAUGACGAGAAAUGUACAUGGGGUUCCAGGGCCUACAGAGAUAAGCUAAAGAGGCUUUGGAUGUCUGCUCAAGGUACUGAUUCAUGAAAGCCUGUUUGAAAUAACUUUGAAUUGUCAAAACAAUGGAUACUUCUUAGCUUAUAAUUUAGCAAGAGCUUAAGAAGGGACUAAACUCUGCAAUACAUUCUCUGUAGACUUGCAAAGAGCUUAAGAAUUAAUAUACCUCCGCAUACUCUGUAUGAAGUCGAUUGAAAAAAUUAUGUAGUUUAAUAAAGGGGAUAGCAAAACAUUUUGACAAUAAUCUUUUCCUGGUGGCCAAUUAGCCAGUCACAUAUUGGCCUAGAGGCUGUUAACUGUGUGAAUGGUCAGUAAGCUCACCUACACUAGCAUUGUGUUUGUGGCCUUCUAAGUGUAGCUCACUGGUUUCACUCAAAGGCUGCUAACGACAUUCCUAUGAUUUGUUAUUCUUGAUUAAAAAAACGAUUAUGAUAAAAUGAUUUCAAGAUCAUUAAUGUGACAUGGGUUGCCUAGUGUGCUUUGAUGGUUUUGUAGAUUCAAAAGGUAACAAUGCCUCAUAUACACAUAUCUCUGCCCUGCUGACUUACAUACAUGCAUGUGUAGACACAUAUAUCUACAUAUUUAUUUUACUUUUCUAUAAAACUUAUCAAUUUGAGGAAGUUGUGGUCUCCUGUUUGUUAAUUGUUGUCGUGUUUGGGUGCACAUUACUUAAUGUGUGUUCUUGAGAGAAAUUGGAUUAUUGUAAAUUUCUUAAUUGAAAUUUAUUCUAUUCUAAUCAAUUGUUGUUCAACUCAAUACAAGAAAACCGAACCACUCCUAGUUGGUCAUGGAAUUUGCUUGGGCUUUAUCUUGAAAUGAACUGAUGCAUCUAACAAAUCUUAAAAGAGUUAAAAAAAGGUUUCUUUGUGUCUGCUCUUUACUUUUCUUCUUUAGGUCUUCUACUGGUAAAUGGAUUGUUUAAAAAUAUAUUUUUUUGAUGGGUAAGCUACUCUUUCUUUAUAUGAUUGAUUUGCUUAAUGAAAAUACUGCAAAAAUAGUAUCUUGUAUGUACUUUUAUUUUUUGGUUUCUGCAGCUGGGGAAUGACUGGCAACCUGAUUACCUGAAGCAACCUUAACACCUCUGAAUGAUACUCUCAAGGGAUGGAGAAAAUAACUCAUUGUUAAGAUGAUAUUGUCUGCUCUAAAGUACCACCAUCGGGCCUCCAACAUAUUGAACCCUUCAUGAUUGAUCUAAUCAACAGUUCAAUUGGGAAACCUGGGCUUUGUUAGUUGUGAUGAUAUGUGAAAGAAUGAGGGAGCUUUUUGGCCGGAGGGCUAUUUGUCACUUGUUGGAGAGCCUGUGGCUAUUCAUUGUUGCAUGUUUUAAUGGUUAAGAUGUUCAAAUUCAAA